GCCGAGAUGACUCGGAGCUCUGUCUCCCACUCUCGCGGCCGCGCGGCCGAGGAGGCCCGGAGGGUUCCGGGGGGCGGGGGGAAUAAAAGCGCGGGUGCGCACCGCCCCCUCGUGGCGAAGAGCGGGACCGCAGGAGGCUGUUCUGGGAGCCGGCAGCCGGGAGCCGGGGUUUCCCCAUCUCCAGGCGGAGAAGCUAAGACCCGGAGAGGGAGGGUCCCGGGGCGCGCGCCGCGGCUGCCCCGGAAACCGCUCGGGACGCUCCCGCGGGAGGGGGCGGGGCCGCAGCGCGCCACGCCCGACGUCAGGCUGGGCCGGGGGAAGCAGACUCCGCGAGGACACAGCGGGACCGGGGCCGGGGGACCGGCGGCCACGGGGCGGGGGGGGAGGGAUCCCGGCUUGGCGGCGGGCGGCCCCGCAGCGUCGGGACAUCCCGCCCGGCCGGAGUGGGGCGGAGGAGACUUCCCGGCCGCCCGAGAGGCCUGCGCGGCGCUGCCCCCCGCCCCCAGGCGCGUUAGGGUUUAUGUGCGCUUGUGGCGUCCCCCGCCAAACCUAAGGGGGGCUCGGGGUUUGUGGGCGUCCCCCGAAGUCCGGCCCAGGAGGUGCUUAGCGAGCAGGCGCAGCCGGGGGUACGUGUCCCGCAGGGCCCCGCAGCCGCGGAGCGGGAAGCGUCCGGGCUCUCCCCGCGGCGCCAGCGGCUGCCCCCUUUUGAAACAGCUUUUGAAGAGGAAGGGAUCGGACUUUCCUUCCCCCGUUUUUUGUUCUCACGGAGAUCUUUGCCGAGCCCCCGCUCGCAAGCCCCCGGAGCGCGGCUGCCGCUCGGGGAGGCUUAGACGGGGAGGGAGUCUGGAGGAAGCGGGGCCGGGGCGCGCCGUGGGAGCUCCGGAGAAGCCUGGAGCUGGCUCAGGGCGUGGGGGAGAUGACGGCUCCGCAGUUCCCACACGCUCCGUGACGACGUGAUCGCGCCGAGGUGUUCCCCAAAAGCAACACUUGUAAAGUGCUUUGCAAACCUUAAAGAGUCGCAGAAAUGCUCGUGGAUCAUUGUGAUUAUAAUACUCAUCAUCCAAGAACUGGAGAAAAUCAGCGGGCUCUCCCUUCAGUGGGCAGCUAGGUAGUGUAGACAGGGGGCUGGCUCUGGAGAGAGGAGUUCAAAUCUGCCCUCAGAUACUAGCUAUGUGACUUUGGACAAGUCAGGUCACCCUCAGUUUCCUCAUGUGUAAAAUGAGCCAGAGAAGGGAAUGGCAGUGAGUCUGCCAAGAAAACCCCACAUGGGACCAUGAAGAAUGGGGCACGACUGAAAAACAAGUUGUUGAAAGCUGCCAUUGUAACAUGGCUUUGGCCUGUGGCCGGGCGGUUUUCUGAGCCAUCCAGUCUGUUAACGUAGAGCAGGUUACAAGGCUCCAGGCCUGGGAGGGUUACCCUCCUGUGGAGAAAUCCAUCUUCUUGCAGCCCACUCGUGACUCUUUAAACAAAUAAAGAAAAGCACAGGCCUGACAACAGGGAACCAAAGAAAACAUUUCCAAAGACUCGAGCCUCAGGACCGAGUGGGUAGCAGAUUUGUGCCCGGCCCAAAACAAUGUGAACGGGCCCCUCAGACAUUUCAAAACAAGGAAAUGCAGGAAGCAGAAGCUUAUUGCUCAACGUCCAUCAGCCAUCCUACCUGAGAGGGCUGCCAAUGUUUCCAGAGGUGGUGGCUUGCCCAAAAGCAUUUCGGUGCCUUUUGGAUGUCUCAUAUUGACUCUCUCCAGGAUGUCAAACUCAGAAACCUUCCAAAACAGAUCUCAUCUUUCUCCAGGCCUUCUUUCUGCUGAACCUCCCUGUUCCCGUGAAGGGCACCCCCAGUUUGAAAACUUUAGGUCACCCUGGAUUCUUUACACUCUGGCCCUCAUCUCCACUCAGUUCCCAAAUUUAGCCCCAUGACCAACCUCUCAGCUUCGGUUAGACCUCAUCCCCUAGAUUAUUGACAAUGGCAGUCUGGGAGAUCUAUGGAUCCCUUCUCAGAAAAAGGUUUUUAAAUAAAUGAAGAAAAUGCUCAGUUGCAGUCAGAAGUGAGUGAAAUAAAGAUGUUUUUCUCUCUCCAAAUUUAUGUAUUCUGAACUUGACCCAUGGGGCUGCUCUGGACUGUUCCAAGGACCUCUUAAUUGGGUCUCCAUGGCUCUAGUCUCUCACCAUUUCGAUCCAUUCCCUACAAAGUCAAGAUGAUUUUCUGCAAAGUUCAGAUCUGACCAUGUCAUCGCUCUAUUCAAUGAACUCCCAGGGCUUCCUCUAAUGAGAUAUAAACUCUUGUGAUAGACUAUAAAGUCCUGUCCCAAUCUUUCCAGCUUGCUUUCCUCCAUGUGCCCUGUGGCUUCAUCAAGCUGACUUUCCCAUUAUUGUGCACUGGGUCUCAGCCAAGCCUGGAGUGGACGUCCCUUCUCGCCAUCUCAUUUCCUUCAGCAGAUGCUUUUUGUGGGACGCCUUUGCCGGAACCCAGAGGUACUAGUGUCUUUCCUCACCCCUUACCUUGUGCUUCAUAAGUGUGCCUAGAAAUAAAGUUUGAAGGACUCUUGGAAGUCAUUGGUACCAACACAACACUGAACAAGUGAUUCUCUAGGAUUCUUUACUCUAGUGAGAUGGCUUGUGGGCUCGCUCUGCUGUGCAGGGCUAACAUCUAGGAGGCAGCAUGGUCCAGUGGUCAAAGCACUGAUUGGAGUCAGAAAAUAGGCAUUGCCAAGUCAGGUCUCAGUUUCCUUAUUUGUAAAAUGAGAUGGCUGGACUAGACAGCCACGGCCUUGGGGUCCUCUCCAGUCCUAAAUCUGCUACUGCUGACUUGUGCUGCUUUAAACAAACCAAACAGCAACAAAACAAUGAGAAAUCAGCACAAAUACUAGAAAAAUAAAUCACACUGUUAAGUAAUCAGGACUCUUGUUCAAUAUAGUUGGACAAUUCUUUCCCUAAAACUAAAAUGCUGUGGUGCUCCUUUAACUCAAACCUUUCCUUCUGCUGUGAUUCACAAAGUCUGGUGUACUGGGAUAAAAGAAAUUAGAAAUUAGUCAUCUGGUAGUCACUUUCACAUUCACAUAGUCCUUGCAUUUUAAAUAGUCCAGACUUUAAGCUUGUGAAAUGAAGUCUUUGCGGAUGUGUCUCUUCCUGGCCAACUCCCAGGCUUCCCUCUCUGGGGAUUUAUUUUGUUCAUGUUCCAAUCUGAGUCAAGCACUCAUUUUCUCCUCUGCCAUAACAUAAGCUCUUGGAGGAUGGGAACUUUAUUUGUGCAUUCUUAGUGUGUAGCGCAAUUCUAAAUAAAAGCUUACUGAUUCAUUUGGAGAACUGACCGGCCCUGGGAUCUGUAGCUUCGAAGACCAAGCACUCCUUGUAGUCUCAAGUGAUGGGGAUGGACUUCUGCCAUCUCUGAGCCAGGAGGGGGAUGAGAUUCUCACACUGCCUGGGAGGAAGGAGUAAAGAAGACAAGAAUCCUGGUCUGGGAUUUACCAUUCAAUGGGGUUAAGGACUGAUUACCUAGAAAAGGGGGUGCUCUUUAUUAUCAGAAGUGAUUAAAAACAAAACAAAAGGAAAAAUUUUUGAAAACCACACUGAAAAUGCUUGAAUGGUACAUUUUAAGAAUUUAGCUUCUUAGGCAGCAGCUAGGUGGUGCAGUGGAUGGCGAGGGUCAGGAGUCCCAAGUUCAAAUUUGGCUGACUCAAGAUCUUUGACCCCAGACAAGUCAUUUAGUUUCCUCAGCUGUAAAAUGGAGCUGCCUUUCUCGGGGUCAUGAGGAUUCAAUGAAAUAACCUUAGAAAAAAGUGCUUAAUACAUGCUGCCAUAUAAAUGUUGUUACCGCUAUCACUAUCGGAGCUAUCUCCCAGGGUAUAUAUACUAUUUGUAAAGCCCUAGCAAUCACAAUGUAAAUGUGAGCUCUUAUUAAUACACAGGAGAACCACUUUUAGGCCUGAUUUACUGGACUUGUCUGAAGCCUCAGGAUGAUGGGGAUGCAAGGGGACACUGAAUCAUCCUCGCAUAUUUCAGUGUAAUCAGUUUAUCCUUGUUUAGUCCUUUAUUAUUUUUCAUUCACAUUUCUUUCUUUUUUAAAUCAUUCUCUUCACUCCUAUGUAUGAACUUCAGUUUUUCUGCUGCUCUAAACUUUUCAUCAGAAAUUCUUUUUCAUUAAAGAGCCAUUUCGACCAUUGCAUUAUCCUCAGUUUUGCUGGGUAAAUUACUCUUAUAUGUACCCUUUGCCUUUUGGUAUAUUAUUAUUUCAAGUUCUCAUUCCUUUAAUAUAGUGACUAUUAAAUUGACUAUGGCGGCUCCUUAGUAUCUAAAUUCCUACUGCUGAUAGCUUGCAGCAGUUAUCCCUUCUACAUUGUGACUUUUGACAUAUCUUGUGUUGACUUAAGAAAUUAAAUGGGAAUUUUGGAGAAGACACAGGCCAGGAGAUGACAUAGAAAAAGUUUCAUAAAAUACAAAUGCAUAAAAAUGCGUGAAAUGUGUAAAAUUUAUGCAGGGUAUUGUAUAUCAAAUAAAAUUUUACAAUAAGUACUGUAAAAGAAAAUAAUUGAGACUCUGACACGCAGGGUCAAGUUUUUAUACGGAUUUUCCAUAUUGAGGUGGCAGGGGUGGGAUGUGGAAGGGUGCCAUGUUCCUAACCCCUGUGAUGUGGAAGGGAUAACUGUAUUCUUUGACAGCCCAAAAGACUGUGACUUUUUCUGGAUUUCCCCAUAGGAUUUGAUCAAAACUUGAAUCAGUUUUGAGAUCUACUGCUUUUAAGUUUAUGGAAGGGAGCCCACUGCACUGCUUUGUCUCCCACCAAUAUUAAGCUUUGGAAGGAUUCUCCAAUUGAAAAAUGGUCAAAGGAUAUGAACAGACAAUUCUCAGAUGAAGAAAUUGAAACUAUUUCUAGUCAU